UUGUGAACAGCCCAGAAAAGGCCCGGCCCAUCCAUCUAAGUUCUAAAACGUCCUCUCCUCACUCUGAGUUCCCAAACUGCUGCAAUCACGAUUCCCGACCCCUUCAAAGCGAAGAGAGAAAUCUCGGUUCUUAUUCACUGAUUCAUCGUGAAAUCGCCAUGGCAGAGGAGGAACUUGCUGAUCAAAAGAAGUAUCUUGAGGACUCUUGCAAGCCUAGAUGUGUGAAACCCUUAAUUGAAUAUCAGGCCUGUGUGAAGAGGAUUGAAGAUGACGAUACUGGUAGCAAGCACUGCACAGGACAGUAUUUUGACUACAUGUUUUGUGUGGAUAAAUGUGUCGCCCCAAAGCUGUUUACUAAACUGAAGUAGCAUGGAGUCCUUGGGAGUAACUCGUUUCCAUUUUGUGCUUUUCUUUUUUCCUUCUUAAUGUCUGUCAAUGGCAUUUGCCAAAUGUUUUUAUCUGCUGCUAUUCAAUUCACCACAUUGAUACAUUAUCGUGGUUGGAUGUUUCAUUUAGGGGGCUAAUAGCCUUUCGCAAUAAAGGGAGACCUUUUUGAGUUGGU